GCCACGCCCCCAUGCUGCCGUAAGUGAGGCGGGCAGGAGCUGGGUGCUGGGUCGCACCGCUGCAGGAUGGGGAGUGGUGGCCGCUGCUUUGGGCUAGGCCUGGCGUUACUGCUGGCCCUGGCGGGACGCGGCGAGACCCUGCAGAACGUCACUGGCCAGCUCUUUGGGCCGGAGGCCUACGGAACCCUGGCAGCAUUCGGCGACUUCAACUCGGACAAGCAGACGGACCUCUUCGUGCUGCGAGGCGGAAAUGAGUUGAUUAUCUUUUUGGCUGACCAAAAGGAACCCUACUUUAAGCCCCGUGUUAAGUUACCAAUGAAAUCUCUCAGUGUUAUCAUAACCAGCGUAGUUCCUGGAGAUUAUGAUGGUGAUUCACAAAUGGAUGUCCUCCUUACUACCCGGGCACAAAAUCAUGGCAGAGAUGAACUUUCAGUGUUUAUUUUCUGGGGGCACAACCAAACACUAGAUCUUAACCAUAAAACUAUAUUAAAUAAGACUUUUCAAGAUGAGCCUCUAGUAAUGGACUUUAAUGGAGACUUGAUUCCUGAUGUGUUUGGUGUGACAAGUGAUUCAAGUAAGCCACAGAUACUGAUAGGCGGGAACUUAUCAUGGCACACUGCGUUGGAAACCCAAAGUAAAAUGUAUAUACCGCACUCUCAUGCAUUUAUAGAUUUAAAUAAUGACUUCACUGCUGAUUUGUUCCUUACUACGUUACCAAAUUCACAAAACAUUCAGUUUGAGACAUGGGUAAAUAAGGAUGGGAACUUCUCUAAAGCUGAAGAAAGAAAGGAAACGCCUAGUGGUGUGAAAGUUGUUGGACAGUCCGUGUUUGCAGAUUUUGAUGGGGAUGGACAAAGUGAACAUUUAUUACCAGUCUGUGAAGAUACAACAUGUCAAAAAAGUGCCAUCUACUUAACUAAGCUAGGAAUGGAUCAGUGGAUUCCAGUCUUGCAAGACUUCAGAAAUAAAGACACACUCUGGGGCUUCGUACCGUAUCAAAGUGACAAAUCUUCAACAGAAACUUCAUUUCCAAUUACACUUCAUAUUGGAGAUUACAAUAUGGAUGGUUACCCAGAUGCUCUUGCUAUACUAAAGAACACAUCUGGAAGCAAUCAACAAGCAUUUUUACUAGAAAAUGUCCCAUGCAAUAACAUAAGCUGCAAGAGCAUACGUCGCAUGUUUAAAGUUUUUUGGGAGCUCUCAGAUCUAAAUCAAAUCAAGGAUGCAGUGGUAGCAACCUUCUUCGACAUAUACGAGGAUGGAAUUUUGGAUAUCAUAGUGCUAAGCAAAGGCUACUCCAACAAGGACUUUGCUAUCCAUACAUUAAAAAAUAACUUUGAAGCAGAUGCCUAUUUUGUUAAAGUUAUUGUUCUCAGUGGCCUCUGUUCUAAUGACUGUCCUCGGAAAAUAACACCUUUCGGUGUUAAUCAGCCUGGUCCUUACAUCAUGUACACUACUGUAGAUGCAAAUGGAUACCUGAAAAAUGGGUCAGGAAUUCCUAGCCUGGAAGCCUGCCUGUUUGCACGGGCAGACAGAAGGGUAAGACUGGUAGCUGUGUAUUGCCAUAACCGCAGUAGUGCUUGGCGUGUGGACAAGCCUGAGGCAUGAACACUCACAGCUCCCUCUUGCCAUCUCUGUGAUAAGGACAUGGGGGAGGCUGUUUGUGCAAUGUGUCCAUACCCAGAUUUUUUUAUGUACCAUGUGGCUUGGAUGUACCAAAUGAACCCUUGUGAUUGUACAAGCCAGGCCCAGCCUGGCUGGAGUUUCAGGUUAAUGUAUUGUUUUACUUUUCCCCUUCAACUUAGAAAGGGGGAGUAUCUUCUGUAUUUCAGCCUGUGCUACACGCAUCUUAAUUUUCUUAAAGUAAAAAUAUGCUGAUAAAUUUUGAAAUAAAUAGGACCAUAGUUGCAGUUUGUGUCUACCAAAUAUAUUAAUCCUGUGGGCCCUGAACCACAAAACAAUAAAUGUUUAAGGUUUACUCAAAGAUCAACAUCCGUAUGUAGACAUAAUAUUAUCAUAAGAAUAGAUUUAUUGAAUUGCUCAUAUGGAUCAAGUCAUGACUUGUUCAAGCAUCUAUAUGACUGAAGCUGUAUGGAUUGAUGAUAGCCUUUGCAAUUCCUAUUUCAGAGCUCUUUCAUUUUGCUAGUUUUGCUUUGUUUUGUUUUAAGCCUUCCAUGGCAGAAUGACCUUUCACAUGCUGUGAAGUUGUGCCCUUCCGGUUUUUUGAAAGCUGCUUACUCUUCCCUGAUGCUGCAUUGAGUUCUCAUACUGUUAAGCUAAAUUGGAUUGUGAGGUGAACACAAAUGUCUAGCAGCUAUUAUACUAAUGAAUUUAAACAUAAACACUGCAGUAUGUACCAGACAAAAGCAAAAUAAGCUUAAUUUCAAUAGCCAUUUAACUAUUCAAGAUUCAUUAUGUAGAAUUCCACUAUGUAGAAAGUAGAGUAUAUUCAUGAAACGAGCAGGAAUAAUUUAAUAAUUGAAUAGCUGCAUUCCGUUAAGAGGCGUUUCCUAGUUGCUAUAGGUGGGAAUACCCUGCUACUGUGGUGUUCUAUAUAACUCUUGUUUAGAAAACUUGUGUGAACUGGUAAUGUUGCAUGCAAUGUUAUCAAACUUCAACUAUUUAGGCAUUACAAAUUAGACAAGUCUAAAGGUAAUAAUGAGGCAACUGAAGUAAAGCUUUCAACUAAAGCCAAAGAAAUAAAAUUCUCCAAGCUUUCAAGUUUGGAGGAGUUGGGAUUUUGUUUUUUCUUCUGAAAGCUACUUCGUACAUUCCUAUGCAUAUUACAUGGGUAUUUCAUUACUAUUAGUUGUAUUUUCUCUUUCUUUUGCAGUAAGUCUCUCUGGCAUAUUUUCAAAUAAAUUAAGGAGCUGCCAGCUUCAAAAGAUGGGGAAACACAUUGGUGUGCAAUGUAGCACAAUACCAAUAAUCGCUGUAAAGUAAAUAGCACUGUAGUGGUGCAGCUGAAGUGAGGCACAUUCACUGUGAAAUGUCACCCAGCUCUUGAACUAGCUUUGUCCUACUCCAGCUAUUGCAGACAUGUUGGUUACAGCUACACAGCAACUUCUGCAACUUCUGCAGGUGGCUUUUUGAAAUAAUUUUCAGGUUUUCUAGGAAGCAGGUAUAUCUAAUCUAUAAAAAGCAGUCUUUCAUGUGUUGACCUCAGUAUUAAGGUAGAUGAUGGUACAGAAGAACUUGCUUAGAUAAAAGUCUGAGGCUAGCGGCUACAACUCAGAUACUGUUUUAUGCAAUUAACUGUUAUUUACCAGGAGAGCUGCCUACAUUGACAACAGGUGCAAAGAAUGUGUGUGUAAAACAAAGCAACUCCUUGCUAUAUUUUCUAACUCUGAUAUUUUGGUUUAUUUCACAAAUAUUUUCAGUUAGUACUUUGGUGAAGGUACUAAAGCUUCUGAUAAAUGUAUCAUUUUGCAAAUUAGAGGAAAAUACAGUAACUGGGAGAAAUCAUGACACAACAUUUUUAUUCAUGAAAAUACAUUUAACUAUUCAGUCCUCUAACAGAAUGAAUUUGGGGGACUUUUGAAAGCCUAAAUAAUGUUACUGUAUUUUGAAUUAAUCUGAGUGCCUUUAAUGGUCUACUUAAAUGUAAAUGAUACUUUGUCAAGAAAAGCAUAAUUAAAAAAAAAAAAAAAAAGAUAGUGCUUCAGGAGACCACAAGUUUGAAAUCAGUUUCCAUUAGUCUUUCAACUCUGUGUAAUGGUUUUGUAUGUUCUGCUCUAUUAGUCCACAAAAUAAGCUUAUUUAAACUGACUGAACAGUAUCAGUAUUGUGAAUCUAUUUGUUGGUUCAACUAGACUGAUCAGAAAUCCCAUAUCACACAUUAUCAGUUCUGUUUAAAGAAAGAAUAAAAAGCAUUGUUUCUACAUGGAAAUGCAAUCACUUUCCCUUCAUAACGGUAAACUGCCUUCAGUUAAGCACUUAUGCUGCCUGAAAUAAACUGCUGACGUUACAAUUUAACCCAGGGCCGAGUGGCUACUCUUAAACUCUCAGCAAGCUUACAUCAGUGUAAUAGAAAUAGAAGGGACAUGCUUUAAUUCAGAUAUAAAAGAACAAGUACUGUAUGUGUUAUAGAAAGCACAUUAUUCCUCAGACAAGACUUUCAAAAGGUUAAUGAUGUCUACUGCUUCACGUUUUAUAUGCCAGACUUCAAAAGUAAGGAGAUUGAUUUAGAGGUGUUCAGAAUGAUUCCUGAAUAUCAAACUCUGCAACAUGAAUACCAAACUCUGACAUUGGCUGCCCAAUGUCAUUAGCUAUUUCUUAAAAAUUUGGUCUCUGACAGAUUGAAGCCACUGAAAACCAUGUCUUAAACUGUUGAGGUUCUUUAUUCUGGCCAAGGUUUUCGAAGAAUAAACUUAAUGACUUAUGAUUUAAAGCAAAAAUAUAAAUGACACCUAUACCACUACCAUAGUCCAAGAUACCUGGGUGCUUCCCGAUAACUUUUUUUGAAAUAAGAAGCAGAAGACAUAGUGUUGAAUAGUCUUAAAAGUAGUGUUAAAAGGUACUAUGUAUAGCAUGAAAAGGAGAAGGUUUUUUCAUUCCAGUUCUACUAAUGAAGCAAAACAAACUGUGCAGCAACAGCCAGUUUCUCCAUCUUGCUUGCAUAGACUUCCAAAAGCUUAAAGAACAAUCUUAGUAUAAGAAAUAAAUCCCACCUUCCUUCUUGAAGAUUGAAUGGUAUUUUCAAGUCUUCUUGGAACAAGCAGAAAACUCUUCACAAUAGUUUUACAACAGGGCAAAUUGCUAGAGUUGCUAUUUCAAUUAAACUUGAAAUAGUUUCAUAAGUAAAUUAAUUACCAGUGACUGAGAACUUUAAAUAUGACAACAAACUGUUGUCAGUACUCUCUGUAAUUUCUCUUUUUUAUUUUUAAUUUUUGUUCUGGGUUUUUAUGUUUCUCAGAUGAACAUUUGUCAUUCUUAAUUACUUGUUUGUAAUUCUAAGUGGAACAUUUGAGUAACCCUCGAACAGAAUUUAUGAUUGAUAUAGGGGGAGUAAAGCAAGAAAUAGUCCCAGAGAUCUCAUAUUUGUAGCCAGCCUUAAGGUAAACUAGAAUGUUCUAUGUACUAUCAUCCUGCUUAACUAAUAUCUCCCAAUUUUAAAGGCAAAUAAAAAAGAUAUAUGCACAUUUUCUGCCUGCAAUGUAGCAGAAAACAUUCUGACUUUUGCAAAUGAUCUAUUUACAUCCUGAAGCAUAAAAUUUCAUUAUCUAAUCUUUGUAGAUAACUGCUAACUUGUGUACUAACACAAGAAGCAGUGUUAGUAGCCAUGAAAUUAUUUAAUGCUUUUAAGAAUUCUAGCUACACUAUCUGACUUUCUGACUUCUUUAAGGCUGAUUGCACACAGUGUACUACAUUUUCUUUUAUUUCAUUUAAUUUAGUUGAAAUUCAUACAUUUCAUUUGUAUGAUGAAAGAAAAAAGGAAGAUCUCAGUUGCAGUCUUCUCAUAAUCCUAAAUGUUUCACUCAAAAGUCCUUCUGAAAGCUUUUUAAUGUUAAAUGUUACAGCAGUACCUUGUUCUUUUGGGAGAAGUUCUUCAGAAUUCAGCAAUAGUGAAAGAAAUUUUUUUUUAAAAUUCUUUAUUAUGUUAUAGCAUGAUCAAGUAAUACAUAGCUUGUUUGUUUUUAUAACCAAGUCACAUGUAAUAAACGUACCUUUGCUCCUUGCUAAUUUUACAUGGGUAACGAGUGCGUUCAAAUAUUAUGUAUUUAAAAUUUGAGUAAUUCUCAAAUUAGAGUUGGAAAUUGAGACCUAAAGGUUGAGCAGUUUAGCCACAAUCAUGUAAGGAAAGUCAGUCAAAAAGUGGGGACAGACUCAAAACCUAUACUGUUAUCUCAGCUUGCUGGACAAAUACCCUUUCAUGGAGAGAAAGCUGCUCAGUUAAUGCUUUCUGGCACAGAGUCCCUAAGCUAGGAAUUCACCUAACAAUAUACACAGUACACCUUGACCUCACAACAGACGACUGAAAGGACAAAUCCUAUUUAAUUAUUUCCACAUCUUCUUGCUGUUUACAUGGUUCUGCAUGGGGAAAAGUAAAUCUAAAAUAUGCCUAAUCUUUCAGAAGACUGUACUAUUUCUUUCUGCUAGUAGCAUUUUAGCUUAAUAAAAAGGUAACUAACUGCAUCAAGCUGAUUUUUCAGAUCUCAUCUUUCAGCCUUGGAAGAAAGUUUGGAGAGGUAGUAAGGAGUUGGCUGUAAAUUCAUUAUAAAUUGUGAAUUCAUAUUCUUUAAUUCACAUUCUAUUAUGUUUUGUCACUUAACUUACACUUUCCAAUUUGAGGCAUAAUCUGUCAGGUGUCAAAGCAGAGAAAAAUCUUAACACAUUAAAAAUACAGACUACAUCAUAUGUCUGUUAAAAUGUUUCUGCUGAUUACAUAAACCUACUCAUGGUUGUGAAGUAUCCCUCACACUCAUUUCUGUUAACCUGGCGAAGGGCUAAAUUCAUUGUGGUGCUUACGAGGUGCUGAUAUCAUUCCUGCUGUGUAACCAAUCACUUACUAACAGGCUUUCUAGAGAAUGAACAAAGCAUUAUCAUAGGAUCUGAAUCAGUUUGCCAGAAAUUGAAAGAUUACAAUAUUUUUUUAUUUAAAUGGACUAAUCAGAUACCUUGGAAAUGGGAUGUUAGUGAACCUCUUAAUAGCUGCAACACUAUCUGUUGCAGCUGUCUGUUUCCCUGCUGCCUUUUCAGGAAACACAGUGUUAUUUUUCCCCUACAGCCUCUCUUUUAAUUAGUUAUAAUUACAUGCUCUUACUAGGGCCUACCUUGCAACCACUGUAAUCCUGCUUUCAUUGAAUCAAUUUAUUAUUUAAAAAUUUGUUCAUGCAAAUUUAUGUAGCUAAUUUUGUGACACCAGGAAAAAAGAGUAGUUACUGAUUAACACCAAGAAUUAAAGUGAACCUUCACAUAUUGAGUAUGCGCUUGUAAAUCAAUAGG